AAGGGGAGGUUGCAUGUAAACAACGCUCAACACACGUCUUAUACGUGUCGAAGUGUGAUUGGUUAAUGCUUCACCGCCUUAUGUAUCGACGUGACCUGACCUAGUCUUCUUUCUCGUCCUCUUUCUCUAUAAAUUAAAUCCGCAGACCUCUUCUUCCUUCACAAUCCAAAAUCAAAUCUUCUCAAUUUCUCUCUUAAUCGCGACUUACGAUCAAAGGAUGCAGAUCUUCGUUAAGACUCUCACGGGAAAGACCAUCACCCUCGAGGUGGAAAGCUCCGACACCAUCGACAACGUCAAAGCCAAGAUUCAGGACAAGGAAGGUAUCCCUCCCGAUCAGCAGAGGCUCAUCUUCGCCGGGAAACAGCUCGAAGACGGCAGGACAUUGGCCGACUACAACAUCCAGAAGGAGUCUACGCUUCAUCUCGUUCUCAGGCUUCGUGGUGGUAUGCAGAUCUUUGUCAAGACCUUGACAGGAAAGACCAUUACUUUGGAGGUUGAGAGCUCCGACACCAUUGACAACGUCAAAGCCAAGAUUCAAGACAAGGAGGGUAUCCCUCCGGACCAGCAGAGGCUCAUCUUCGCUGGGAAACAGCUCGAGGAUGGUCGCACCUUAGCCGACUACAACAUCCAGAAGGAGUCUACGCUUCACUUGGUGUUGCGUCUGCGUGGUGGUAUGCAGAUCUUUGUCAAGACACUUACCGGCAAGACCAUCACGUUGGAGGUGGAGAGCUCUGACACCAUUGACAAUGUCAAGGCCAAGAUCCAGGAUAAGGAAGGUAUCCCUCCGGACCAGCAGAGAUUGAUAUUCGCUGGCAAGCAGCUUGAGGAUGGUCGCACCUUAGCCGACUACAAUAUCCAGAAGGAGUCGACCCUUCACUUGGUGUUGCGUCUUCGUGGUGGUUUCUAAAACUCUUGUCUUGUGUCCGAUCGAAAGUCACAUGUCUCUGUUUACCUUUCUCGUUUCCUUUUAAGACUUAUGGUUUGUGUUUGGGGCCUUGCAAAGCCCCUGGAUGAAUAAUUGAUGAACUAUGUUUGCGUCCUUACUUCUCUUUCAGUUCCAAGACAUGGAAUUGCAUUUAUAUAUGCGUUGUUUCUGUGUUAAA